CAUCCCGGAGUUUUCCCUCCUCCUCCUCCUUUUCCUCCCUUUCCCCAUUCUCUCCCUCUUCCCUCCUUCCUUUUUGGCUCGAGGAGGAGGAGAGAGAGAGAGAGAAAGAGAAAGAGAAGAAGAAGGAGCAGAAGAAGACUCCGGAGUGGCUCCUCUUUCGGGGAUGGUGUAGCGAUGCUGGCCCUCCUGGCCGUGCUUUGGGUCUUCACCGGAGCCGGCGCCGCUUUCGCCCAAGUUCUGCAGACCCGCUUUAUCGAGGAGCCCGAGGAUCAGACGGUGGUGGCUGGGCAGAGGGUUGUGCUCUCCUGCGUGGUGCUCAACUACUCCGGGAUCGUGCAGUGGACCAAGGAUGGCCUGGCCCUGGGGAUGGGGCAGGGCCUCAAAGCCUGGCCGCGAUACAGGAUCAUCGGGUUGGCCGAACUGGGCCAGUACAACUUGGAGAUUGUGGACGCGGAGCUCUCCGACGAUGCCUUAUACGAGUGCCAGGCUACAGAGGCCGCCCUGCGAUCCCGGCGUGCGAAGCUGACCGUCCUGAUCCCUCCUGAAGACCCCGUGAUCGAUGGAGCCCCUGAAAUCCUGUUGCGGGCAGGGACACCCCAUAACCUCACGUGUCGGGCUCGCAAUGCCAAACCCGCAGCCGCCAUUGCCUGGUUCCGUGACGGGAUGCAGCUGACAGAAGCCGUGACCAUCACGGAAGUGUUGCCUGAUGGCAAGAGGGAGACUACUACGAGCCAGCUGCCCAUCAACCCCACUGAUCUGGACAUCGGAAGGGUAUACGUUUGCCGGUGUACCAAUGAUGCCAUCCCAUCCGGAAAGGAGACCUCCAUCAAACUCAAUGUUCAUCACCCUCCAACCGUGACGCUGUCCAUUCAGCCCCAGACGGUGCAGGAAGGAGAGCGGGUCACCUUCACCUGCUUAGCCACCGCCAACCCAGAGAUCAAGGGCUACAGGUGGGCCAAAGGAGGGCUGAUCAUCGAGGAUGCCAAAGAGAGCCGUUACGAGACCCAGGUGGACUACACCUUCUUCACGGAGCCGGUCUCCUGUGAGGUCCACAAUGAUGUGGGCAGCACCAAUGUCAGCACGCUGGUGGACGUCCAUUUUGCACCUCGCAUUGUGGUGGAUCCAAAGCCCAUGACCACUGACAUCGGCUCGGACGUGACGCUGACCUGCGUGUGGGUGGGCAACCCACCCCUUACCCUCACCUGGACCAAAAAGGAAUCCAACAUGGUCCUCAGCAACAGCCACCAGCUGUACCUCAAGUCCGUCACGCAGGCGGAUGCCGGGCAAUAUGUCUGCAAGGCCAUUGUCCCCCGAAUCGGGGUGGGAGAGCGCGAGGUGGCCCUCAUUGUUAAUGGUCCCCCCAUCAUUUCCAGCGAGUCAGUCCAAUACGCCAUACGGGGCGACCGCGGGAAAGUGGAAUGUUUCAUCGGGAGUACUCCUCUCCCCGACCGAAUUGCUUGGGGUUGGCAGGAGAAGACCUUGGAGACGGGGACCCUGGAGCGCUACACAGUGGAGCGCAGCAACAACGGCAACGGGGUGCUGUCCACUUUGUCCAUCAACAACGUCAUGGAGGUCGACUUCCAGACGCGCUACAACUGUACGGCUUGGAACAGCUUCGGGUCCCGGACGGCCAUCAUUCAGCUGGAGGAGAAAGAGGUAUUGCCAGUGGGGAUCAUCGCCGGAGCCACCAUUGGGGCCGGCAUUCUGGUCAUCUUCUGCUUCGUCGCCUUGGCUUGCUUCCUCUAUCGGCGACGGAAAGGGAGUAAGUAUUCCCCCUUUUGUUCAUUCAAAGAUGACGUGGAUUUGAAGCAAGACCUUCGCUGUGACACUAUCGACACCCGGGAAGAGUAUGAGCUGAAGGACCCCACCAACGGCUACUACAACGUCCGUGCCCAUGAGGACCGGCCUUCUUCCCGCACGGUACUCUACGCUGACUACCGCAACCCCAACACCACCACUCGCUUUGACGGCCGGCCUUCCUCCCGCCUUUCCCACUCCAGCGGGUACGCGCAACUCAACACUUUCGGCCGGGGAGCCGCCACGGAGUACAACCCGGACCCCGGUCCCACUCCGGGUGGCAUGUCGGCCACCACGUCCGCUCCCGGCGCCGCCGACACGGCCAGCCAGCUUUCCUACGAGAACUACGGCGGGCACGCAGGCUUCCCCACCGGCGCUGGCUACGCCACGUACCGCAUGGCCUACCCGCAGCCGCCCAACCCCACCCUGGAUGGCCGAGGCCCCUACGACACGUACGACCCGCUGGGGAAGUACACCACCGCCACCCGUUUCUCGUACUCUUCGGACUACGGGCAGCGGUUCCAGCAACGGAUGCAGACGCACGUCUGAAACCGAGUUGGGGGUUAGGGAAAGUGGGUGGGCGGGCGGGAGGGGACUUGCAGGUACCUCAUGACUGUUCCCUGAUAUUCAGGGGCAUGUUUUGUUUUUUUCUUCCCCACCUUCACCCCACUUUCCUGGACCCACGGUCACCAAAA